AUGCUGUAUAAAAAAGUGACACCAAAGCAGAUGAUUUUUUCUCCAGUUAGGGUUUUUGUUUAUAUUUCUCAUAGUUUGAUAUUUUUUGGAUGCUUCCUUCCCGAUACAAAAGUCAGAAUCGAGCUCGAAAAGUACAAUUUUGUCCCAUUAGUCGUAUUUUUAAUAUUUUAUAUAACGUUUAUGUGGUUUUAUUACAAAACUUCAGUCGCAGAUACAUUUGUCAAGCAAGAUGAUGCUCCUUUGAAUACUGAUGAAGAUUUAUUCUUCUGUGAGCAAUGCAACCAUUAUUGUCCUUUACGAGCUUCUCAUUGCAAACAUUGCAAAAAGUGUGUACUUAGAAGAGAUCAUCACUGCAAUUUCCUAGAUACAUGCAUCGGAAUGGGAAAUCAUUUUUAUUUUUUAUGUUUUUUGUUUUUCUUAUUGCUUUUCGAUAUAACUGCCAUCAAUGUCUUCAAGGUUGGCAUGAAAGAUGGACAACCAUUCAUAAAAUGGCUCGUUACAACCAUGCCUUGCAAUAUCUGCCUAUUUGGUUCUAUUGCAUCGAUAAUACAACCUGCAAUCCUAUUUCCUAUUCAUUUCUUUUUAGCUCUUACGAAUAAUACUACCUGGGAAUUUGUUAAAGGCUCGACAAUUACGUAUUUUCGUGGAUGGCAUAUCCACUUAAGUCCAUUUAGCAAAGGUUUAAUAGGAAAUCUAAAAGAGUUUUGCACCAUGCACAAAAAUCAUCCAACUUACUUCAUUCCGCGAACUCCAGAAGAAUUAGAAAAAUAUAAGGCCGAUAACAGCUUCAUAUCAAACGAUACAUAUGACUGUUGCUAA